AGAAGAAGAAGGAGGAGGAGGGGAAACAAACUAUAAAAAGAAUAAGACCAAGAAUUAAUAGACGAAUAUGAUUAAUAUAAAAGCGGGAAGAAUAAAAGAAAAAGAACGCGAAGAUAAACAGAAGACAAUGAAAAAAAGAGACAGAAGAAAACGAACUGGUGAAAUAGAUUGAAAAAAACGAGAGAAAACAAGCAGGAGAAACAUGAGGCCACAAAAAAAGAGAGAGGAAACAACCAGAAAAAAAAGGAAAAGAAAGACACACACACGGAAAGAAAGGAAACAAAAGGAGAACGAUAAUACUGAUCAUAAUAAAAGGCCGAGAGGCACCACAACCCACGUGAGCUGCGCGCGCCAGUGCAUUCCACGAUGGCCCUGAACAGCAAGACCGAGGAGUGUGUGUGUGGCUGCAAGACCAACAGCAUUGUGUUCCAUGCGCGCGCCCGAACCCUUGCCCAUUUUGAUACCUAAACUGGUAUUUUGGGGAAUGAAAAGCAAAACUAGAUUACCCUCUCUAAGGAAAGGAAAGUGAAUGGAGGAAACCAUACAAGAGCAGAUCAUAUGAGUUUUGGAUAAAUGGAUUAUGAGUUUUGUGAUCCUCUGGAAGCUCGCCUUUUGUGCAUAUGGUGAGAACUUCUUGGAAAAUGAUCUUAGAACUUUUCUGACUGUAUUAAGAGAGAGAAAAGAUAGUUGUUUGGCUUCAAAACAGUGUUAAAUAUGGAGUUCAUACUACGUAGAAGAAACAAAGGCAUGUUGCGGAUGGAGGAAGAACUCCACAACCUCCAACUCCACUCACAAAGAUCCACGCCUCUGGAACCCCAUCCCAGAACCCACCAUGAAGGAGGGGAAGACAGCAGCCCGGACUCCCCUCCCGGUGGGGUUCAGAUUACCUAUCGGGACGGCCAGAGGGUGAACUGGCUCGAAGGCAUCAUCGGCUGCUUGAGACCCGUGUGGACCAUCAUCGGCAAGGCGGCGAUCAGUGAGAAACAGCAGCAGACCGACAACUGGGAGAUCCCGUUCGAGGAAGUGUCCAACCUGGAGUGGCUCGGGUCAGGGGCUCAAGGAGCAGUGUUUCGAGGGCGACUUCGAGGGAACUGGGUAGCCAUAAAGAAGGUCAGAGAGCAGAAGGAGACAGACAUCCAGCACUUGAGGAAGCUGAACCACCCUAACAUCGUCCAGUUCAUUGGUGUGUGCACAGCGGCACCCUGUUACUGCAUUGUGAUGGAAUACUGUCCUUACGGUGCCUUAUACAACCUCCUGAAGGACGGUCGCGACAUCCCCCCGGACAAGGUCGCGAGUUGGGCCAAAGAGAUCGCCUCGGGAAUGAACUACCUUCACCAGCACAAGAUCAUUCACAGGGAUCUGAAGAGUCCCAAUGUCCUCAUUGGAGCCAACCAAGAAGUGAAAAUCAGUGACUUCGGAACAUGUCGUGAGUGGAAUGACGUGAGCACCAGGAUGAGCUUUGCAGGAACGCUAGCAUGGAUGGCACCAGAGGUUAUUCGCAAUGAACCUUGCAAUGAGAAAGUGGACAUAUGGUCAUUUGGAGUCGUUCUUUGGGAAUUGCUGACCUGUGAGAUUCCGUACCGUGACGUUGACAACUCGGCUAUCAUCUACGGGGUUGGAUCCAGCUCUCUCCACCUCCCCAUACCCUCUACCUGCCCCGAUGGAUUUAGACUAAUUGUUCAGAUGUGCUGGAAUACCAAACCACGAAACAGGCCUUCGUUCAAGUAUAUUUUGAUGCAUCUUGACAUUGCAGCAGUUGAAAUUCGUAGCACACCUCCCGAGACAUAUUUUAAGACACAGAUGUCAUGGAAGGCAGAGAUCCGGCAACAGAUGGCGUCCAUGAACUCCAGAGGGUCACACAUCCCGCGCAUGGAAGAAGACCUUGUUAAACGGCGGCACGAUGAGCUGAAACAUGCUCAGGACAUCCGGGAACACUGGGAACGGAAACUCGUCAUUGCCAAUGAUCUCUACCUUGAACUGUCGGCAGCAAUGUUGCAGCUUGAACAACGGGAAAAAGAGCUUCUAAAGUCGACUUCCAGGAGGGAACACGCAAACCAAAUACACAAAGGAAAACGGAGGAUAGUUCGGCCGCUAAUCAAGGCCCAAGAACGUCUUCAGGCACGCAGAGGAGGCCAACUCACGUCCUCCAACCCAACCAGUCCCGAGGCACAGACAAGUUUUGUGUCUACGUCAAAGCUGCCAUCGGUUAGUUGUUAUUGAGUUUUAAUGAUGUAU